GUUUGCAAUACACUUAUGGCCGCAGAGAGAAAACACAAGCACUCAAUCCACUGUUCACAUCCACUUCUGGCCCCUCGUGUCCGCUCCGUAUGAACGCUAGGCCUGUGUCCACACGUGUGACAUACGGCCCGAUGAGUGGCCAACCGAUCGGUGCGACCAAACAUCAGCCGAUCCGUUGGUGAUUGUCUUCAUUUCACACAACACUUGCCAUACAAAAAGGUCAUUCAAUUUGUCGUCAAAAUUGGGUAAAAAAUGGCGACCAAUAAGAGCGACAACAGAAGCGCUGACCUCAAAGUCGGACAGUUGUGGCACACCAUCGAUGACAGAGUGGCCACCGAUGCCGACGAUACUGAAGACGAAGACGAUGUCAACAAAGAUAACGAGACCAUGAAAUUGAAACGCGAAGAUAUGUCUUUGUUUGGCAUCUGUCCGGCUUGGGAUCAGUUUUAUUUAGUGGUUUGUGAAUACUGUAAACAAGUGAUUAAACCACAAGCUCUUCAGCGACACAUAGAAUUACGACAUUCAUAUCAUAACAACAUUUCCAAUCAAAUACACAAAUCGCUAAAACUGAGAACCGAUAGUACAAACAUCACGACAACAACAGCAACUACUCUGCCAUCGAUGACCACAUCUCCAGACAUGACCUCAAUUGUAAUAAAGCAAGAAUGCGAUGAAUUCGUGAACGGAAACAACGAUAGCAUCAGUAAUGAAGAAUUGGUUAAUAACUGUAUUAAUAGUGAUGUGAAAGUGAUGUUGAAUUCAAAUGAUUUGAAACCAAUAAUUGACAGAAAUAUUGUUCUCAUCGAUAAGAGUGGUAACACUGUUGACAAGAAUUGUGUGAAUAAUAAUCAAUUGACUGAAAACUCACUGAACAUUAAAUGCAAUUCAAAAUUAAUUAACUUAUUGUCGCCAAACAUCAGUACAACACUCGAGCCUUUACUGCCAGAGCCGACCGGACCCGGACCGGGCUAUACGGUCGGAGUGGUCAGCGCCGACAGACACUCAGUGACCAUUAGUGUUCCCGAAAUUAGCUUAAGUGAUAAUAAAUUAGACAUUAAUGCGAAGGACUGCGAGUCGACAGCGACUGUAGUAAAGGCACCGCCGAAGAAGAAGUCCUAUAAGAAGCCGGCGAACGAGAGGAAACUGUUGCCGUGCAAAGACAGGCAAUACGACGCCAACAAACACUGCGGUGUUUGCACGGGUGAGAUGGAGAAGCCCUGCACUCGGAGUCUGACGUGUAAAACACAUUCGCUGACUCUUCGGCGAGCGGUUCAGGGAAGGGAGAAGAACUUCGACGAACUCCUCACCGAACACCGCGAGGCAAAAGAGGCCGCACUCAGGGCUCAGGGCAUCGAAAUAAAGCCCACGAAGAAGACGAUCGCCAAACAACAGCAACAGUUAAGAGCCUCACAGCAGCUUCAGCUCAAAGAAGAGGCUCAACAACAGCUGCUCAACGAUGGCAACCAUUUACAGCCGAUGCGGACACUUGUGUUCAAUGAUUGCCCAACGAUUGACUCGAGCCUCACCCCUAAUAUCCACACAAAUAUAAAUAGUUUAUCAUUUGCUUCAUCGCCGCUGAACUCUUCAUUAGAAAACUUCAUGUCUCGCAAAACACCGCAACUUUCGCAUCAAUCUCAUCGCAAACUCACUCACAAACAGAUCGAAGUGGACGCCGACGGCUCGGUGUAUAUGUGUUGUCAUCCGAGACCCGCAGCCGUUUGUAAUUAUAAUAUACGGACAUUUGAUGGCUCGCGACUGCUGUCCCGUAACCACGACCUGACAUUAGCGGCGUUGAGGUCGACAUUCAAUAGUCCUCUUUUAGUGUCAAAGUUAGCAAACAAUCAAAAGUGUUCCUCAAGUGUGUCUCAAAUGUCUGUUAAGAGUCCGUCUCGUAAUACAAAUCAAUCGUUUUCUCACAACAAAAAGCUAAGGACUUCUAUCGACCAGUUGUGCGACUCGACGGGUGACGAACCGGCGGCCGAUCCAUACAGUUUUGCCGACGGAAUCGCCGCCAAUAGUUCCAACAAUUAUACUUAUGUUAAGCCAAAGACAACUAUCGCUAAAAAUACUGCAAAUGUGUCGAAAAAGAGAAAGAAAAGUGAUUCAAAUGUUUUGACACAAAACUCAAGUCUUUUAAGUAACGGACAACUCAUUCAUUCGUCGAUUACAACGAAAGUGAUUGCAAGUAAUCCUAAGAAGAAAAGUGUUGUCAAAAAGAACUCUCAAAACACUAAUAUUUCGGCUUCGGUUCCAUUGAUGAAUACAAACCUUAAUUCAAAUCCAAACAUAAGUGCCGCCAAUAGUAAUAAUACUGUCAGUAAUUCACUCAUCGUUAACAAUAGUGAACAACACAUUAAUCCGUUGACUAGUCUUGUAAGCGAAACGUCCGCUCCGGUGACCCACAGGAACCUUAAUGAUAUUUUGUCGAAUUCAAUGUCGGAUUCGUUUAAAUCAGACAACGGAUCGAUUCUACUUAAUGGAAGUCUUCUCACUUCCAAAAAGAAUACAUUCUCUUCUGUUUCAAAGAAAACCAAUUGUGAUAUCAAAGGUAGUGAUCAUUGA